GUUUACAGAGUCCAACGCGCACUUCUUCAGUUGUUCCUCUUUCGCGCUUUCUCCUCCUCAGCGAACAAACAGAUCCUCUCUCUCUAGAGUUCGUCUUCAGCUUUACAACGUACACAGCAAAUCUUACCCUAAUUAUCGUCGUUUGUGGACCUCUUCCUUUCUUUCUUCCGAUUUUUGGUCGAAAGAAGAAUCCGUUGAUCUUCCAAAGAAUGGCCGCAAUGGAACAACAGCCACAGCAACAGCAGCAGCAACAGCAACAACAACAACAGGUCCCGGUGGAGAGGCUGAACCAGGCGUUGCAGCAGCAGCUCAAUUUAGAAUCCCUCAAGACACGAGCCAUCUCCCUCUUCAAAGCCAUCACUCGCAUCCUUGAAGACUUCGAUGCCUAUGCUCGCACCAACACCACCCCCAAAUGGCAAGAUAUUUUGGGGCAGUACUCCAUGAUCAAUCUUGAGCUUUUCAACAUUAUGGAUGAAAUCAAGAAGGUUUCCAAGGCUUUUGUUGUACAUCCAAAGAAUGUUAAUGCUGAAAAUGCGACAAUAUUACCGGUUAUGUUGUCCUCAAAGCUGCUGCCAGAAAUAGAAGUGGAUGAAAACUCAAAGAGGGAGCAGUUGCUCCACGGGAUGCAAAACCUUCCCAUAACCACACAAAUUGAUAAGUUAAAGACUAGAAUUGAUAUGAUUGGAGCAGCCUGUGAAAGUGCGGAAAAAGUUUUAGCUGAUACUCGUAAAGCCUAUUGUUUUGGUACCCGUCAAGGGCCCCCAAUUAUUCCAACUUUGGACAAGAGUCAGGCUGCGAAAAUUCAAGAGCAAGAGAAUUUACUCCGUGCUGCAGUGAAUUAUGGUGAAGGGCUUCGGUUACCUGGAGACCAGAGGCAAAGUACAGGUGCACUUCCAUUGCAUCUGGCUGAUGUAUUGGCUGUAGGUGAUGGAGGGCAUGCUUUUGCUGAAACAUCGGGUAUCUACACGAAGAAUACUCCACCUCUAUCGUCCAACAACGUGAGUAGCCAGGGGACUUUAUUACAGCAACCUUCUGGGGCACAACUCAUUGGAAGAUCAGCUGCAUCUCCUUCUGGUGCUACAAACGUUACUUCCUUUGAUGGUACGACAGCAUCUCCAUUGGCAUAUGCCAACUCGCCUAGGUCUGGUACAAACAUGAUGAAUACACCUUCUCCUCAGCAGCAGACCCAACAACAGCAGCAGCAGCAGCAACAAAGGCAAAAAAUGAUGCAAUUGCCUCAGCAUCAACAGCAACUGCUGGCUCAACAGCUGAGGCAAGCUCAGAUGCAAGGACUUGGUCAGAACCAGCUGCCACAACUACAAGAUUUGCAAGGCCAGGCUCAGCAGAAGUUUCAGUCGAUGCAAUUUUCUCAUUCUAUGGGGCAUCAGCAAUUCCAGGGCAGGCAGCUAUCCUCUGGACAUGUUCAGCACAACAUGGGGCAGAACCAACUCACUCAGGGAAGCCAUUUGAACCGCCAUUUAGGCCAUUUUUCUGGAACCGCAAAUACUGCACUGUUUAAUGCAGCUCAGGGGACUCCAAACGCCCAGAUGAUUCCAAAUAUAUCAGCUGCUAUGCCCUCACAAUCCCUUCUACCUCGAAUGCAGUUUGGAUUAACUGGUAGCAAUCCCCAGCGGAGUCAUGCAUCCCAAAUAUUGAAUGACCAAAUGUUUAAUAUGGGAGUAUCCAAUCCUACUAGUAUGAUGCCCAUACAGCCAUUACAACAGCAGCAGCAGCAGCAACAACAGCAGCAUGGUUCACAAGGAGCGUUUGGUAAUAUGCCCUCAAAUGCUCAGAACUUACAACCUGGUAUGAUGGCACUUCAGAACACACAACAAAAUCAUCCCAAUUUUGCACAACAGAGGCAGCAAAAUCAGCAAUAAUGUUGACUAUCUUGGAGUCCUUGUACCCAUGGGAGAUGCUGCUAUAACUCGUUUUGUUGUCAGUCUCUUGGGUGAAUGCAGUUAUAAUUGUCUGUUUGUGUCUCUGCAAUUCCUCAUGUUUGCGACGGGAUCCUUUAUUCUGUGAAUGGCCAAUCUAAAUCAUAUGUCAUUUCCCUAUAUCAUGUCCCAGGGUAGCAGCUGUUUAAUUUCGUAAAUGAUGAUAAUAGUGAAGUGAGAAUCAGUUCUGGGAGUGGGAUGUGCCCUAGGUAGCAUUUAGUGUUUCAUGUCCCUCUUAAUAUUAUUUUUUUCCUUUUCACUUCCUCUACUUCAUGCGUUGCAGUGUUGGGUAUUUGCUCGAGUUCUUCGAAACUAUAGGCUUUUAGAUAUGCUCUCUGGGCGUUUAGAUUUGUUCAUUGUUGUAGUACUACUACUUUCAAACUACUUAAUUUCUAGAGUUUUUGUUUUUUUUUAUU